AUGGCGAAUGCCUUUUGGGCCGAUUUCUCAUGGUGUAGUGAGAAGGACAAGUUUGAGGAGACCCAGAUGCCCAAAUCUUUUUUGGCAUCUAUCCUCCUGAUGUUUUCUGGUCAUUUUUCACCAUGCAUAACAAAGGCAUUCGCUGAAUCCCCUACAAGCGACACAUGUACGCAAUUUUCGCCAUUCAGAGGAAGGUGCCAGUCCAACGACCACUGCUUGGCAACAUUCACAUCCAUUUGGAGGGCACUGGCAUUGGAACUCCAGGCUUUCAAGUCGUCCGCAAAAUGUGGACAUGGACUCGCAAGAACGUCUUGUCUACUGGAAGAACGCCUUGAUCCAGCGAAGGAUUUUCCCUUGAAUCCCGUAAGACUCGAUUUUGCGGCGCCGGUCUCCAUUGGAGUUCCUCAAGGCUCCGUCUUGGGACCACUCCUGUUUCUGAUCUACGUCAACGACCUCCCAGACGUUCUUGCGAGUCCAUGUUUACUUUUUGCGGACGACUUGAAAGCCUGGAGUUCCGGUGCCAGUGCCCUCCAAAUGGGUGUAGACGCUGCAGAGCAUUGGUCGUUGGACUGGCACCUUCCUCUGAAUGAUGAAAAUUCCGGUGGAAUGGAAGUUCCGAGACGAGUAUUUUCGGAUUCAGAAGAUGAGCUCGAAAUGGAUUUCAAUCAUUCACCAAGCAGCUUUAGCGAGAGUGCUUCGUCUUACACACUGGACUCUGGAAUUAGCUCUGGUGUUCCCACAGGAUCUGAUAACAGUUGGUCACCGCUGGAAAUCGAUGCCGGUGAUGAAUAUUGGACUACCCCGACCGACGUCCUGUUUUCAUUAGAGGCUCAAAGUGUCUUGGUAAAUCAAGCUGUUUACUUGUUAUUGACAGCAGAGGGCACGUGCGUCACAAACGCUUCCGCAUAUUUGUUCCAUUUGUGCAGAAAUGGUUGUAGCAACAUACUGAUGCAAUCAUGCCCUGAGCUUCUGACUCACCUACUCGUCGUGGUUCGUUCGAGUUCUCGGCAUGGAAUCGAGGUUCUCCAUUUUUUGAGUGGAAUCCUGCACUAUUUUUCACACACUGAAGACGGAGUCGAAUUUGUUUUGACCCGGGAGGGUCUGGAAAUAUUGUCUCACUUUUUGGAAAGUUCGAUCGAUUCGGUUUUAUACUAUACCGUCACGACCAUCCAUAACAUUUUGCUGGUUCAAAAGUCUUCACGGGAUCUGGUUCGAGGUUCGCAUAUCGUAAACCGUCUCAUUUACCUGCUCAAGUUUUCCGCAAGGCGUUGUACUGUUGAAUGUACUUCUACAGGGCGCACAAAAUGUUCCCCAGAGUACGGUCAGGUUAAUCCCAAAUUCCUCGCCAUAUUAUUUGAUUGUCUACAUAUCCUAGCCUAUGGACAUGAAGCAACGAAAAGAGCGUUUCUUGAUGGCGGUGGAGUUCGCUUUCUUCUGAGCUUGCUUGAAGAUACUAACUACGAAAAGCUUCUGUGGACGGGAACGAGGCUUAUGCGUGUUAUGUCAGCAUGGCUUCCUGCUAAGCUUUCAGUUCUAAGUGAAGAUAAAUCCCUGAGUUUCCUCAUCCGGUGUUUUGUUUGUGGGUCGCUACGAGUCAUUGCCAACGCACUGUGGACUCUGCGCAAUCUGUCAGAUGUUGCCGUUGACAAACUUGAACUCAGUGUGUUAAUGUCCGUCGUCGGUCAUUUGUUGUUACAGCUGCAACAUGUUGGUAUCAUAGGACCACCGAGUACUUCGGCUUCUGCUGGUGACUCCAGGGAUCAGCUAGCUUUGUCACAAUGCAUUCUUGGCAUUUUGGGAAACCUCACCUGUGGGAACGGUGCUGUCAAGUCACAUAUGGUUGAGCUCAACGGUGUCGAUCUGAUAUCCCGUGUCCUACAAUCAUCUCUAUCCUCAUUUGAUCCACGACCAAAACACACAACGAAAGAUCCAUCCAUCCCGGCCGAAAAUGCGCACCUAUGUGACUCCCUAUCAAGUUUGUCUCUUGAUGCUGUAUCCGUGUCCCCACCUCUUCGACUUCGGACUGCUUUUAUGCAGUCUACAUCGGCUGAACAAAGAGAACUUCCCCUCAACGACCAAAGUCUGUGUCCAUCACCUGGACACAAACCGGACUCCUUAUUUUCCUAUCACCAAGCGAAAGAAAUCCAUGAUCCAUCCUACUCAGUGGUCAAUCCCAACCAACUGAUGAUUAUCACCUCUCCCCCAUGCUCCAUCCCUAUUUCCAGUGCUCUUCGAACCACCACUUAUGGCCCCUCAUGCCCCUCACUCACUCCGGAUAUUCCACAUUCCAAAUUGAAUGCUACCUUAGAUCUUUUGGAAGCGGGUUUCCGUUGUCUGUCCCACCUUACUGCUGGACAUUCAAAGGUCUCUACAGCCGUAUCCCAUCUUUUUCAGUCCAGAGCAUCUGCCCAAAUGCUCAACGAUACAGUCAGUCACGUAUUUCUCCCCCUUCUAUCCCACUACACCACACCCUGUGACCCUAAUAUGUAUCCACCGAAACUUCAGCAACCCUCCACACCAGAGCCCAUAUCCCAACUACUGCAUGACACGCUCAACGGUGUCGAUCUGAUAUCCCGUGUCCUACAAUCAUCUCUAUCCUCAUUUGAUCCACGACCAAAACACACAACGAAAGAUCCAUCCAUCCCGGCCGAAAAUGCGCACCUAUGUGACUCCCUAUCAAGUUUGUCUCUUGAUGCUGUAUCCGUGUCCCCACCUCUUCGACUUCGGACUGCUUUUAUGCAGUCUACAUCGGCUGAACAAAGAGAACUUCCCCUCAACGACCAAAGUCUGUGUCCAUCACCUGGACACAAACCGGACUCCUUAUUUUCCUAUCACCAAGCGAAAGAAAUCCAUGAUCCAUCCUACUCAGUGGUCAAUCCCAACCAACUGAUGAUUAUCACCUCUCCCCCAUGCUCCAUCCCUAUUUCCAGUGCUCUUCGAACCACCACUUAUGGCCCCUCAUGCCCCUCACUCACUCCGGAUAUUCCACAUUCCAAAUUGAAUGCUACCUUAGAUCUUUUGGAAGCGGGUUUCCGUUGUCUGUCCCACCUUACUGCUGGACAUUCAAAGGUCUCUACAGCCGUAUCCCAUCUUUUUCAGUCCAGAGCAUCUGCCCAAAUGCUCAACGAUACAGUCAGUCACGUAUUUCUCCCCCUUCUAUCCCACUACACCACACCCUGUGACCCUAAUAUGUAUCCACCGAAACUUCAGCAACCCUCCACACCAGAGCCCAUAUCCCAACUACUGCAGCUGAUCAGAGCUUGGACAAUGGUGGUACAUAACGUUUACGCUACGUGCUGCGCGAAUGACUCUGGUUGUCCGCCGAACAGAAACAGAACUUCCCAUAAACGUCAUGCAAAGCCAUUGUUCUGUCAUCUCCGACGCAGCCUACGUUCAUUAAGUGAACAUCUCAGUCGGCUAGCUGAUUUGGUAAGUUGCCGUUGUUGCAUUUUUUCUCCGUAUUUUCCCGUGGAAUGUUAG